UCCGCCAGUGCACGCCGAGUUGGUAGGGCGGGGCUGGAUAACGUCUCCCAUCGCUCAGUGGAAUGAGCUUUUGCGAGAUUCGCCCCAUGUCAUCGCAACUAACAGCCUGCCAGUAGCCUUACGAUGGUCGUGUGUGCGUCCUGUGGCGGCGAAGACUUCGACGAAGUUUCGGGCCUGUACUACUGCACCGAGUGCAACACCCAGAGCCAAGAAGUGCGCGUCGAACAAGUGGACGAUGAAGGUGCCGCGCCACCUCCACACGUCGGCCGGGCUUCUCCGCGGCGCAAGGAGACGGGCAACAGCACGCCACGGGAAAGGAAGCACCCCUACCCGACGAACGAACUGUUUAACGUGAUCCUCGUGCGUCAAGUGGACGCGCUCGUAUUGCUCGGCGCUUCAGCCGAGCUUCGUGGCGUCGUGUGUCGGCUGUGGAUGGACUACCUGGUAAAGCUCGAGGCUGUGAGUCGCGUUGAGGACGACGAGUGGACACCACGCAUUGGCGUCGUAAACCGCUGGAGCGACUUGCGAACCGUCGAAGAACUCAUUGGGGCCUCCGAAACGAGCGAACGCAAGCGAAAGAAACUCCAGAAAGCGCUGUUCGGGUCGGGCGUAACGACGCGACUCACGUCGCGGUCGUCCCGCUAUCGCAAGCGGCUUAAGAACCGAUGCGACGUCACUAGAACGCCUAAUCUCGACUCGGACUGCGAGUUCGAAGAUGAACUCCUUGCCACGGCUUCGGAAGGGGAACAGGCCUCUGAAGACGACGUGGAGGACUUCAGAUCGACCGCCGCCAAGGAAUACCUAGAGCGCGUGCUAAGACGCGGAGUCGACUUGCAUGACAAAAAAAUCGGCCGGGAAACUGAAGUCACCGUGGUGACGCUCCAACGGCUCUUGUGCCUCCUCUACCUAGGCGUGUUGAUCACGGGAGACCCAAUCUUACUGACCGAUAUACUGAGGUGGGCUCGAGACGGCCACCUGCCGUACCUACAUGUCUUAAAGCUCCUUCCCGAGGACGCCAAGUUGUGGGGCCAACAGUGGCGGACUUUCGUGCGACUGACGAUGCCAACAAUUGACGAGCUAGCAACGCAGGCGGCCCACUUGGCUCACUUUCUUGGCAUGCGCAGCGAACUGAGACAGCCGCCACUUUUGCCUAUCGUCAUGCGCCUGGUGGCGGACCUCAACCUACCUCUGGAGUUUGUGAACGUGUGCGAGGAAGUUCUCUGCACUCAUCCCAAGAUGGUACCCAGCUGGGAAGUGCCCCCCAACAGAGCAGCAGGCUCUGUGCCCCUUUUCUCACCUGUAUGUGAAGUCAGGGCAGCAGCUGUCCUGCUUCUGGCCCUCAAGCUUACGCUUGGGCUGAACGGAAGCAGGGAAGUACAGUUGUCUCGAGCCGUUGAAGAACUGACUAGCCGUCAUCCCGGAGCGAACCUGUUUGUGUGGUCUCGCUGGGAGAAACACUUGCGCGCCAGGCUUCUUUUGCUGCGCUCAAGCUGCUACGGCUUCGAGCCUGAGGACCUCGAUGACAUAAGAGACGUGGGCGUCCUCUUUCGACAUCCUGACAGUGCUCCUGUCGACCGCAGCAUGGUGACAAAGGCACUGAGAGAGGGCAUGAAAAAGUCAUUUUGGGAGAUGCAUAGGAGGGAACUCUUCUUUCGGCAGGUGCCCGCCACCAGCUUUGCAGUCACGCCAGCCGUACGUUUUCUCUGUGAAAGGACGCCAGUUUCCUCAGGCUUGAGGGCAGUGCUGGAAGAAUCUUUUCUUGACAAGGACGUGACGUAUCUCACGCGUGCCACUCACGGCAUUGCAUCUGUUGGAGGGUGGGCCGAGUUGUGCCAAAGUGUGCCUGAGUUUAUAGCCAUUCUUGGAGAGGGAUGUGACCAGUACUGGACGGUCGCCUUGAAGAGAGUGUACGACUUGAAGUAUUCUAAUGUGGUGCAGCACUCACUCCCUAAAACUUUCCUAUUUCUAUUGGAGUUUAUGGCAGCCAUCACGCAUUGCCACCCGAAAGAACUAUACAGGGACCUAUUGCGGAUUGAAGCAGUGUUUCUUCGGUAACUUUAUGUGCAUAGUGUGCUUCACAUUCUCACCGAACCCAUUUCAAGAUCACUUGUCCUUUGCAAACCUUAUAAACUGUUAUUCCACUUUGCAGCGUAUAUUUAUAUGAUUGUUGAACUGUGUGGGUUUAUGGGUGGUGGGGUUAGUGCAUGAUAUGAAUUCAUCUCUGGUCAUUCUUUUGUGUAUGAGUCUGCAGUGCAGUGAAAUGUCUCGGUACUUUUAAAGAAUUGACUACAAUAUGAGCAGCACAAUGAUACGCCUGUGCUACUUUCAUCACAGAGGCUGUAAAAUAAAAAAUGAUAAUUGUGCAAUGAUGUUGCUUGACGUGAAAUGUCCUUUCUGUGCUGAAAAUAGGAUCAUGCCCGAUGUGUUGUGUGUAUCCCCAGUGGUAGAAGUGCUGCGCCAUCCUGUGCCUAUACAUUAAUUAUCAUUUGUCACUAAAUCUGCUAUAUUAUAUUUUUUUAUCAGUACUCAUACUAAUACUGUCACAUAACUUGUUUGAGUGUGAAGAAUAUUACUACCUUAGAAUACAAGGAACAAGCAUGGGUACCCAUUUUCACCCAUUAUGCAAACACACUCAUGGCAAUUCUAGAAACAUACCUGUACCGUUGCGCAGAAAAACCUCCCAUGUACCUUGGGUACAUUGGUGACAUAUCUUUAAUAUUGUUACACUGGUGGCCUGCACAGGGGACACCAUAGCUUGUACUGCGGCGAAUAGUAUACAAGGUGUCAAGACGUAAGUUGUCCAUGUCGCCCACUUGAAAUUGUUUAUGCCGAGACACCUAGACUGAGUCGUCCUGGUGGCCUUCUUCUGUGAGCAGAGGAACGUUGCUCAUAUGAACGAAGCAAGCUAAGACCGGUGCACGUGCUUGCUGUUCGGAGGCAGCUAGGAAGAAGACGACGACCCACAGACAUACAACCUGUUGGCCGCUUCGGCGCUCACCUUCGUGACCUAAUAAAUGUCCUCUCAGUCGUA